AUGAUAAUAGUUAUGGAUGAUUUGGAUAUGCAUGGCAUCGAAAACAAUCAUCUCGAUGAAGAAAAUCAUCAGUUCGGUUCUAUUGAUUCAGAGAUUCUUCAUAACAAGGAAAAUCAAUCGGAAACCCAAGAUAUGAAUGACAUCGGAAAUGAUCAUUACGAUGAAGGAAAUCAUCAAUUCAGCUCUGGUGAUUCAGAGAUUCUGCAUAAUGAUGGAAAUCAAUCGGAAAUCCAAGUUCAAAGUGACAAUGUUGCAGCACAAUAUGGCUCUUGCAAACAAUUCAUUGGAGCUGAUGGUUCUUUAUUUUGGAUUCCAGAGGUUGAAGCUAGUUGGAUACCUACUUUGGGUUCAAUUUUUAAAGAUAUCAAAGAUGCUAUUAAGUGGUAUAAAGGAUAUGCAUUAAGAUCUGGUUUUGAUAUUAGAAAAUCAACAGAGAGGAAAAAGAGUGGAAUCACAACUUCGAAAUAUUUUAUAUGCAAUAGAGGGGGAUUGCCAAACACUUCUACCUUAGACACAAUUAGUGAUGAUCAUAACAAGCAAUUGAGAAAUAGUAAUUGUAAACGCACAAAUUGCAAAGCUUUUGUUGCAUUCAAAGUUAUACCACAUUCUUUAGAAGUUUACCUGUAG